AUGGCAACUAUUAGCCACGAUGCGGCUAUACCCAGAGCUCAAGUGAUGGGUCGUUCGUGGCCGGCUUCUUUUGAUGCAUCACGAUGGUCUGUGGAUAUUCUCCAGCUCGUGGGAAUUGCAGCAGCAAUUGGUGCUGGAACAGCAAGGCCAUUAAUGCCCCUGAUUUUUGGAGGGUUAGCAAACAAAUUCAACAAUUUCCAAGAUGCUUCUGCUCUGAAAGAAACUGUUGAUUCUGAAGUUUUGUACUUGUUGUACCUUUUCAUUGGUCAAUGGUUUCUUACCUGCGCUUAUGGUAUUCUACUAUCAAUAUCUGCAAUGAAUCGUUCCAGGAGACUCAGAGCAUCGUAUCUGAAGUCAGCUAUCCAUCAAGAUACGGGACUAGUAAGCCAAGGAAAAGUUGCCGACAAUUUUGCUACGAGCAUCAAUAGUAUUGAGGAUGCAUUGGCUGAGAAGCUUGGGGUUGUCAUGCAAGCAGGUUCAACUGUCAUUGUUUCCCUGAUCAUUGCCUUUGUACACAGUUGGCAGCUCACUUUGGUCCUUUUUUCCACAAUUGUGCUUCUGUUCAUUAGUAACUUUGGUACCGCUGCUCUGGAUACACGUUUCGAGCAGAAAAUACAGCAAAUUGAGGAAAGCGCUGCGAAUUUGGCGGAAGAAGUGUUCAACGGUAUACGUAUGGUAAUGGCUUGUGUUGCGGAAUCGAAGCUGGUUGAUGACUACACCGCAAUUCUCGAAGCUGCCAGGAUAAAAAGAAUGCAGAAGAGUCCCAUACUUGCAGUGCAGUUCUCGAUGAGCUACUUCGCUCUACUCUCUUCUUAUGCUCUCGCAUUUUGGUAUGGAACGAUUUUGUUAAAUCAGGGGAAAAUAUCAAGCGGUGGAACAAUUGUCAUCGUGAUUCUUUCUAUCAAUCAAGGGACAAAUGGUAUGAGAAAGAUUUUGCCGAUCUAUGGAAUCCUCUCCAAGGCGAGAGCAGCCUCAAUAAACCUGAAUAAAGUGAUCAGGAGCACGCCAACAAUAAACUCCCUUAACAGUGGCGAUGUAAUAAUUGAAAGUAUCAAGGGCGAGAUUAGAUUGCAUGACAUCUCUUACUUUUACCCCUCCAGGCCUUCUGUUAAUGUACUUGAUUCCUUGAAUAUUCGCUUUGAGGCCGGUAAGAUGACAGCUCUAGUUGGCACCAGUGGCUCUGGAAAAAGCACAAUUGUUGGUUUAAUUGAGCGAUGGUAUGAGCCAACACGAGGCACCGUCUCGAUUGAUGGAUUUGCUAUUAAUGAGCUGAAUGUGAAAUCAUUGCGAAGCAAAAUUGGACUUGUGCAGCAGGAAGUUACGCUUUUUAAUGAUAGUAUAUUUUACAAUGUUGCUUGCGGACUUUAUGGCACGUCCUUCGAAAAUUCAUCUGACAAGGACAAGAGAGACUUGGUAGUCAAGAGCUGCAUGGAUGUCGGAGCGCAUGCCUUCAUUGAAAGCUUACCCGAUGGGUAUGAUACUAAGGUGGGAGAUAAAGGAAAUCUCCUCAGUGGUGGCCAAAAACAACGCAUCAGUAUAGCUCGAGCUAUAAUAUCGUCUCCGGAAAUUUUGAUCUUCGACGAGGCAACAUCGGGCUUGGACAUAGAAUCGGAGCGGAUCGUAGAGGCAGCGAUAAAAAAAGUUUCAAUAGGCAUGACGAGUAUUGUCAUAACACACAAGCUAUCCCUUGUUCAAAAAGCGGACCAGAUCGUGUUGUUAAAAAAUGGAAGGGUGCUUGAAAGCGGCACACAUCAAUCUUUACUGGCAAUGAACGGUAAAUAUGCCCAACUUGAUGAGGCGCAAAGGCUCGACGAGACAAUUCAAUACACCGAUCAGCCAGGCGAAAAAUCUGAAAUUCAAGAAGACAAAAAAAUCGAUGCCACCAAGUUGCAACUUGAUGAGACGGCGCAGCCGACGAAAACUUUUGACGGCAUGUCUACCCCUAUGACACUGGAUCCACCAAGGUCUUCAUUAUUCCGAUCUUUAUGGAUAAUUCUACUGGACCAUCGAGUACUCAUGCGACUUUUUGUAGCGGUGGUACCUACAUGUGUGAUUGCAGGCGGCGUAUACCCAGCCCAAGCAAUUCUUUUUGGACAUAGUGUUUCCAGGCUGGGAAAUUUCGACAUUAACAUUCAGAAGACGGAAAACUUUUGGUCCCUCAUGUGGUUUGUGGUUGCUAUCGGAGUCAUUGUUGCCUUUUUCUUAAUGGGUACUAUUUCUUCAAUAAUGGGAACUACCACGAAGUUCUAUUACCAAACUGAGUAUUUCAAAUCCAUGAUACGGCAGGAUCCUCUUUUCUUUGACAAGGAACAAAAUUCGAAAGGAACUCUUGUAGCAUCUCUCUCAUUGCAUACGAGCCACAUUCAGAUAUUGUUUACAGUUCUGGGGUCUCUUUUAGUCGCUUUGGUUAAUCUAACGUCGUGCAGCAUUUUAGCACUAGUAGUUUCAUGGAGACUGGCACUAGUGGGGUUAUUUGGCAGUGUGCCCGUUAUUCUUUUGGCCGGUUACCUCCGAGUUCGUUCAGCCUCUGCGAAAAGUAAAACACUUUCUGGGCCUCUACUUAACAGUGCACAAUAUGCGUCAGAAGUCAUCGGAGCAGUACGAACAGUGGCAGCUUUGACUAUGGAGGACGAAGUUUGUCUUCAACUAGACAAGAGAAUGCGAGAAUCUCUUCCGGUCUUCUAUAGGAAUAUUCUAGUAACAAUGCCGCUGUUUGCAUUUUCGGAGAGUGGAGCUUUUCUUGGUAUGGCUCUGAUAUUCUGGUACGGAGGUAACCUACUGGCCAAUGGCAAGCUGGAAACUGUUGAACUAUGGAUCGUUUUCUUGGCGAUAUUGUCCGGCGGAGAAGGUGCAGCUGAAUUUUUCGCAAGUUCGAGUAGUAUAUCGCAAGCAGGCCAUUCCAUUAACAAAAUUCUCGGCUUAAGGUCAAGAGCAGCUUCCAUAAAUGACGGAACCACAUCUCAGCAACGCAAUUAUGAUGACGAGAAAGUCAGAAAAACUCCAGUGUCUAUCGAGUUUCAGGGCGUCGAAUUUAGCUAUCCAACUUCUUCACAACAUGCAGUUCUGAAAGAGAUUGAUUUUAUGAUUGAACCAGGCCAAAAUCUAGCGAUUGUUGGCCCCUCGGGCUCUGGAAAGUCUACCAUCAUUGCCUUACUAGAGAAGUUUUACACAAUCAAUAAUGGAUCCAUUUUCAUCAAUUCAUCUUCCUUGAAUGAAAUUGAUACCCAGUAUCAUCGCAGUCAAACGGGUCUAGUCUCUCAAAACACCACCUUGUUUGAAGGUACUCUUCGAGAAAAUAUUCUUCUUGGUGUUCGUGAUUUGUCUUCGAUUGAUGAACGCCUCGAAAAGGCUGCAAAAGAUGCAAACAUACACGACUUCAUCAUUUCUCUACCAGAAGGUUACAACACACAAUGUGGAGAGAAAGGUUUCGGUUUCAGCGGAGGUCAGAGGCAACGAAUAGCACUUGCUCGAGCUCUUGUACGUCAACCCAGAAUUUUGUUGUUAGAUGAAGCGACCAGUGCGCUUGACUCUUUGAGCGAGAAGGAAGUACUCGAUGCUUUGAAUCAGAUCUCAGGUCAGACUACCACGAUUACAGUGGCACAUAGACUUGCGACCAUUAGGAACGCGGAUUGUAUUUUAGUACUCGUGAAGGGAAGAAUUGUUGAGAGAGGCACGCACCUAGAAUUAAUGGGGUUGAGAGGGACUUAUUGGGCCAUGAAUCAGGCACAGGCCUUGGAUAGGGAUUUAUAG